AGUUGGCUAAGAGUGAACUUUUUAGAAAUAGUAAAUAUUUUGUCGACUUUCUUCGUCUAAAUGAUCCUGCUUAGUUUAAACAACUUAUAAAGUUUGGAGAGAAACUAAGCAAACCAAAUAAAUUCGAAAGUCUUUUAAAUAUGACUGGAACUAUUAUCUUUGUACCAGAUAUUAAAUUGAAUAAUUUUGAAACUUAUAUCUAAUAAGAAGAACCAAUUUAUGCUAAAAUUAAAAAUCUGUUUAAAGCAAUCACACAUCAUUUAUCAGCUGUAUCUAAAAUCAUCAAGGAAAUUGAGGAUUCUAUAUCAAAUUUAACAAAUUUAUGUUAAAAAUAUGAAGUUAAUCAAGAUUAUGAUCCCUUAUAAGAAAUGACCAAGAAAUUAGAAGAAUAAAUAACAAAGUGCAGCUCGAACUAAUACAAUAGAUUGUAUAAUAUGUUUCGUUAUCAAACUUUGAAUUUCACUUAAAUAAGAAACAUUUUAAAGCAAAGAAAUGAAUUAUAGACAGAAUUCUCUAAUAGAAAAGAUUUUAAGUUUGAACAAAUAAGUGAACUUUAUAGCUCAAGAGAAAAUGCUAAAUAAAUUGAUGAGCUAGAGUUCCCAGCGAAAGUAAAAUAAAUUGUAAUAAUUAGAGUUCCAAACUUUUAGCUUAUCAAUUAGGCUAUAUGAAUUGGAGAACUAUUGAGGAGAUUAAAACAUUUUUAGAGCAUCGUUAGAUUGGAUUUCAAACGUUUUCAUAAGAAGUAAUGAGUUGA